AUGGAGGCGCCGCGGGGGCUGCGCGCGGUGCUGGCGACGACGGACUGGUCCGAGCCGUGGCUGGUGGCGCUGGCCGUUUUCCACGUCCUCUGCUUGGUGCUGACCUGCGCCUCCGCGCAGCGCUACCGCCUGCAGAUCGGGCUCUUCCUGUGCAUGGUGUGUUUAGUGUACUGUGCUGAAUAUAUAAAUGAAUUAGCAGCUAUGAAUUGGAGGUUAUUUUCUAAACAUCAAUACUUUGAUUCAAGAGGAAUGUUUAUUUCACUGGUCUUUUCAGCRCCACUCCUGGUGAAUACUAUGAUAAUUGUGAUCACCUGGAUUUACAAAACUUUGAAUGUAAUGACCGAACUGAAGACACUACAGCAGAGAAUUAAAGCAGAGAAAGAGAAGAAGAAGAAGUGAAAGUGUUGAUAUUUUUUAUUAUUUUUAAUUAUCUUGUGAUAAUACUGUUUCAUUUACUGUUUCAGCCAGUCCUUCUUGUAUGUUUGUAUAAGAACAACAAUGCUUUUUGUGCCUCAUAUUAAGAGGCCUUUUGGCACCUUUUGGCAAUGGACAGUGAGGUGAAAGCAGGUGCUCCCACUACAUCUGGAACUUUGCCAUGAAAUAAAGAGAUGAUGGUACGAACAUUGUUUUCUGUCUUGUAGUGUAAGCUAUUUUUACCAUGACCAACAUGAUKAGCACUGAUAAAGGUACAAGUUUCCAGUCAAUUUUCAUCUACCUAUGUAUUUUUUAGCUGUGUUCAAUAUGUAUUUAUUAAGUAUCCAGGCUUCUGCUUAUGCCAAUUGAAGCUAUGUYGUGGAUUCUACUACAUGAGGGCUAAUAUUUAGAACACCUCAAGAAUCUGUGCUUCUACGAAACGUGGCACUUUGUAGAUCAGGUUCCAUAUUUCAUGUAUGUUUUGUGAGGCGGUGAACAAUUCUAGUACAGAAUCAUUUUAUAAAUAAAAUUAGCCAUUAUGUCUUGAAUACAUUUUGGCUUGGAGGUAAUAUUUCUAGUUGCUUUUCUAUCAUAAAAAUUACUUGUUUGUCCAGGAUCCAUUUCCUUACCUUUCCCRUGAGUAAUGAGACUCCUUCACUCAACACAGUUUUCAUUUUUCAUUUCUCUAUCAGGCUUGUAUUGGCUACUUAUAUAUUAGUAUGUAAAUAAAUAUAUACAGGCUAGGACACUGUCCAGUAAUACUCCAUUCUGUUAAAACUGCUACUGCCAUUUUUCAUAGUGUCUAGUGUCACUUCUCAUUGAAAAUAUCUGCAGUAGUUUGGUGCAUACUGUGUGUCUGAAAGCCACUGCUUUGGAGGACAGUGAAAAAAAUUAGAAUUUAGCCAAAUGGAUCCAAAAUAACCUGUACAAUUGUAUUCAGAAUUUAGAUCAGUGUUUCUGGUCUAGAGUUUUUCUUAKGAGGACCUGAGCGUGACCCCACAAAUGUUCUCCAAACAGUGCACAAGAUAAAGGUCAUGAAUAAAACUAUACCAGGUAGUGAGCAGAAAAAUACUGAUGGGUAAUAAUUUUAAUAUUACACAUAUUUUAAGUUGCAAUCCUUGCCUAGUACUGAGACAUGACC